AUGGGGCGCCGCCGCAGCCCGCGCCUCCAUCCCCAGAUCCACGCGAGUGAGCAGGGCGCCGGAAUGGCGCGCCGCCGUAGCCCGCGCCUCCAUCCCCAGAUCCACGCGAGCGAGGAUGGCGUCAGAAUGACCCGACGCAUCCGUCGCCGCCGCGGAAAAUCGCCGGCGGAGCCUGCCUCCCUGCCGGACGACGACGACAUACUCCGGGAGAUCCUCGUCCGCCUCCCGCCGCUGCCCUCCUCCCUCCCGCGCGCCUCCGCCGUCUGCAAGCGCUGGCGAGGCCUCGUCACCGACCCCCGGUUCCUCCGCCAGCUCUAUGCACACCACCGGAAGCCGCCCCUCCUCGGCGUCUUCUCGAGGAGGAAACACCUGGGGAACGAGUUCCAGUUCAAUCCCAUCCUGGAUCCUCCCGACCGCAUACCCCCUCGGCGCUUCAACCUUGGACGCUGCAGCAGCCACAACGGUUACAAUUUCCUCGAUUCCCGCCACGGCCUCGUCCUCGUCGAGAUCAGGUUUCUGAAAGGGGUCGUCGUGUGGGACCCCAUCAGCAGCGAGCAGCGCCGCCUGGCCAUUCCGCCGGAGUUCGAGACACGCUCCUUCAACGGGGCAGUGAUUUGCGCUGCCGGCGAACAGGGCCACGUUCAUGGCGGCUGCCACUCGAACCCAUUCAAGGUGGUGUUGAUGUCCGCCUACAAACUAUUUAGUCAAUCCCUUGUCUGUGUUUACUCCUCGGAGACUGGCAUAUGGGGCAAUCUCAUCUUAACGGAGGCUUCUUGUAAGAUUCGUAGACAACGUCCGGUCCUCGUUGGCAAUAGCCUUUACUGGGUGUGCAGCCGCGAGAGCAUAUUUGAGUUUGAUUUGGGUGAGCACGGCCUAACUGUGAUCGCAGGACCUCCCGUUGCAGAUGAUAUCAUCUUUCAAAACCAUCAGGUCAUUCAGGAUCAGCAUGGUGCUCUUGGCUACGCCAUAUUGUCAUAUCCUCACUUCGAAUUGUGGCAAAGGAAAGCCAAUGGUCAUGGUGGUGCCACAUGGGUGCUUGAAACGCAUACCAUUCUUGAACUGCCUCAGGCUGAAGGAGUGAUGGUGCUUCUGCUGGCUUAUGAUUGCGAUUCUGAUGUCAUACUUUUAAGUGUGAGCGGCAAUACCUACAUGGUUCAACUCAAGUCUAUGCAAUCCAGGAAACUUUAUGAAACCAUUGACAUCACUGGCCAUCUUCCUUUCAAAAGCUUCUAUACACCAGGCACAGCCAUUGCUGGUGGAUUGAAUGGAGCUGAAAUGCUACAGACAUGAUGGCUAUCUGGUUUGAUGUGCUAAUGUGCUGAAAUAGCUUAACGGGGAUGGCUGCUGCUGUUCUCACCGAGUCCGUCGCAUUGCAUCAAUAAGGCCGGCAGUGUUCACAUGUUAUCUGAAGAAAAAACUUGUCUUGUAGUCUAGCUGAAUUUCUAGUGUAGCAAGAUG